CACGUGCGGAGAUCUGUCACUUUCGAUUUGUUUGUAGUUUGAAAAUGCAACAAAACUUGUUUUAAAUUAUUUAUCCAACAUAAAAGUGAAUAAAACUUAAAUAAAAUAUAAUUAAAUUCCAAUUCAAAAUGGCCAAGAAAACAAAAACGUCUGUUGCUGACGCAGUUUAUGCGAAAAAGGCCGUGAAAAAAGAAAAUCCCUUUGCCACCGCAACCGCAGCCACAUCGAAAAAACUCAAUCCAUUUGAAGUGCACAUGAAUAAAGAGAAAUUCCAAAUUCUGGGAAGGACAUGUAAACAUGAUAAAGGUUUGCCCGGUGUAUCCAGGGCCAAGGCGAUAAAGAAACGCAAAGAAACCUUGGGGCAAGAGUUCCUGCGAAAGGAUAAAACAAAUAAAUUUAAAGAUCGUCGUAUUGGAAAGUUUUUGACUGGAGAUGAACUGACCGAACAAGUGAUGGCGGCCCGUUUUGUGGCCGACAAAAUGGAACGUAUGAAGCAGAACAAACAUUCACGGUUCAAUUUAAAUGACGAUGAGGUGUUGACACAUCGUGGUCAGACCCUGGAAGAAAUUGAGCAAUUUCGUGAUGAUCGUUCAGAUGAUGAAGCUGAGGAGGAUGAUAAAUUGGAUGCCGCCUUCACUGAAGCCGCCCAUUUCGGUGGUGAUGACAGUGCCGCCAAAGAUCGCAAAUCUGCAAUUGAAGAAAUGAUUGCUGAACAAAAGAAACGUAAAGUUGAAAUUGCCAAGGAAAAGGAUGAACUUUAUGAUCUCACUGAAAAGCUUGAUUCCAAUUAUAAGGAUCUCAUAAGUUUGGUGGGAAAAAUGUCUAAGAAUGAAAUGAAAAAGCAAGAACCUGAUGACUAUGAUCGUUUGACUCGUGAAUUGAUUUUUGAACCACGAGGUGUGGUCUCCGAUAAAUUGAUAUCCGAAGAAGAUAUGGCCAAAAAAGAAAAGGAACGUUUGGAGAGACUAGAAAAUGAGCGUCUACGAAGGAUGAAGGCCGAUGGGGAAGAUGAUGAAAGUAAUGCCAAGCCUAAACAUAGAUCUGCGGAUGAUUUGGAUGAUGGUUAUUUUGCCAAUGGGGUUGAGGAGGAAGAUGGGACAUUGACGUAUACCAUGGAAGGUGAAUUGGGAACAAAUUUGAAAACAAGAAGUGCUGACGAUGAAUCGGAAGAAGAUGAAGAGAAGGCUGUUCAUGAUGAGGAUGAAAGUGGUGAAGAGGAAGAUGACGACGACGAAGAUGAGGAAGGGGAAGAAGAGGAGGAUGAUGAAGAUGACGAUAAUUUAAGUGAUUUGAAAGUUACUGAUUCCGAGGGUGAAGAUUCCGAAAAUGAAACAGAAAAACCAGUCAAAGACAAAAAGCCAAAAAAUACGGAAGUGAACAAAAAACCAAAUGUGGAAAGAACAGAUUUGCCAUUCACCAUAGAAAUGCCCAAAAACUAUGGUGAAUUUGUAAAACUAUUAAAUGAAUACAAAAUGCAAGACCAGUCAAUUAUCGUAGAACGUUUAAUCAAAUGCAAUCAUCCCAAAUUAGAGGGUGUGAAUCGUGAAAAUGUUGUAAAAAUAUUCGCCUUUUUGUUGCAGUUGGUAAAUGAUAAAUUUUCUGAUGCUGGUCCCGAUGAUAUACGUGAAAAUUUCCAAUUCCUUUCUCUAAUUAUGCCUCAACUCUUUGAUUUGAUACAUUUAAAUGCAGAACGUAUGUCGAACAUUUUACUAGAUGUCAUCAAAGAAAAAUAUGCAGAGUUUAAGAAAAAUUCCAAACAAUAUCCGUCCCUGGAAGUGUUGGUCUACUUUAAAAUUGUUUCUAACUUAUGUUCAACAUCUGAUUUUCGACAUCCAAUUGCAACACCUUGUUACAUAUUUAUGCAACAUAUUUUGUCUAAAGCCCGCGUAAAGAGUAGACAAGACAUUGCAAUGGGUUUGUUUUUGGUGAAUCUCUGUUUGGAAUAUGGGCAUAUGUCAAAACGUUUUGUACCCGCUGCCUUCAAUUUCCUAACAGGUUUGAUAUUUUUGUGCAUACCCAAAAGACCAGUGGAGAUUAUCAAAAUUGUACCACCCUUCCAAAAUCAGGGUCCAUUAAAUAAAUUACUGGCAAUUCCCACUGAUGCCAAGGAAUAUAAGGAUAUUGGAGAAGAACCACUCAAGGCUGAAGAUUUAGUUAUGCAAUUAAUUAGCAAUGAUUUUAAGGUGAGAUCUAUAAAUCAAUCCCUCCAACUUAUACAAGAUGCAACGACAUUAGUUUCCGAACAUGUGGGCAGUAAUUUUUUGGUUUCGCCAAUUUACGAAAUGUUGGAGAAAUUAGAUGUUACACCAUAUCCGACGUAUGUUAAAGAAAAUUAUGAAAAGACAAAAACAUUAUUGACAACUGUGGUCAAUAAACCGCUAACAAAAUUGGUGCCACCGGAGAAGAAACCAAAAGCUUUGCGACUGCUUGAGCCACGCAUCGAAACGGUAUACGAUGAUAAACGUCGUCCCAAACUUUCCAAGGAAAAGGAGGAGAAAGUUAAAAUGGUUCACAAAAUCAAGAGGGAAACUAAAGGUGCUAUACGCGAAAUCCGUCGUGAUACAGAAUUCUUGCAGAAGAUACGCAUACAACAACAAUUGCAAAGCGACAAGGAACGUCGUGAAAAGGUCAAACGUAUCUACGCCGAGGCUUCACUGCAGCAAGGCGAACUCAAUGCCUUGGACAGAGAAAAGAAGAAGAAAAAGAAGUUUUGAAUUUGUUAUAUAUAUACACGCUAUAUAUUUUUAUAAUAACUUAGUUUUUAUUUUGUAAAGAAAUUCUAAAAAUAAAUUAUAUAACUAGAUUAUAGUACAAAUAUA